AACUAAACUCUGGUCACAGUGUAAUUGAAAUCGAACUGAUAAAGUAAUUAUUUUUCACUUGUGUUCGCACUGCAUUUCAUCUAAAAUAUAAAUUAAACAUUUUAAUAAGAUGGCCGGAGAUAAAGCAGUGUCCACCAUCAGCAAGCCCCAGCUGCGAGGCCUUCUGGCUUCAUCCAUCAGACGCAAUUUGAUUGUAGCUCUGUCCUUAUCUGCUGCGGCAGGGUUCGCCUUCAAACAGAUCGUUGGCAACGAGCGCAAGAGAAAAUAUGCCGAAUUCUACAGGACAUACGAUGCUGAGAAGGAGUUUGAAGAGAUGAGGAAGAAGGGUCUAUUCCAGUCGUGUUGAACACCAACGACUGUAGUGUAGUAUUAUUUUUAUUUUGCUGUGAAUAAUGUUAUCGGAUAUCUAUGUAAUAAAAAUCAAUAAAAUAUA